ACCAUAACAGACGAAGGAGUUCCCAAAAUCAUCCUCCAUGUCUCCUUAGUGCGCAGCUCCCUGUGAUUCUUUUCUCUGCUGCUACUGCAGCUCGCGGCUGUUCAAACAUCUCUCUCUCCUCACACAGCGUCUCAAAAAGAAUGUCAGCCGUCUAUGUCUAGGUUUUGUUUAAAGUCUGAAUCUUUUCUCUUUAAGUCUGAGCCCGGUUAUCAAGGAGACCAUAUAGGUAUUUCUCAGUGUGAAUAUCCUUUGAGUAAAGUCAACAUCUGAGUCUUCUGUCUCCGCGCUCGCCAAUCUCGCGCAUAGCGGACACGGGACUAUCAACCGUCCGCUAUCUCCUCAGUGGGAAUGGAUACGGUGUCUUUGCUCUUUUUUUAUUCGUGAAUGGACCCCAAAAUAGACAAGUCUGGUCGAUUUAUGUGUCCGUUUGCUUUGACAGUCUUUUCCAGUUCUUUGACGGCGUUUACUUGCUGGUACUAGAUUGCAAACUUGUGUUUGGACAGCCAAAGAAGGGGAAAUGAUGGACAAAGACGGGCUGGUUGUGCUGUUGGUUUUCUUAAAUGUCUUUUUCGUCCACACGGAUGCGUUCAGAAGAGGUACCACAGAGAGACAGUCGAGGUCCGAGGGUGGUUUCUGUCGGAUCUUGCGGACGCAGACGCGGGGCGCUCGGAGAGAACACAACGAGUUUCGCCUCAGAGUUGAAGGAGACCCAGAAACUUACCAACCCGGGAGCACUUACAGAGUCAGUUUGUAUGCCUCCAGCCCAUCUUACUUUCGUGGCUUUACCCUCAUUGCUCUGAAAGAAGGAAGGGAGGGCGUCACUCCUGACGAUUACGCCGGCACUUUCAAGAUAAUCGAUGAAAGUGACACGCAGUUCAUGACUAACUGCCCUCCGGCUGUCACAGAGAGCAUUCCCAGAAGACGCACAAGGACACAGGUGUUCUGGACAGCGCCACCUUCUGGCAGUGGCUGUGUCACUCUCAAGGCCAGUGUUGUGCAGCGAAGAAUCAUUUUCUUCCAAGAUGAGGGCUCACUUACCAAAAGACUGUGCGAGAAAGAUCCAGUUGAGACCACUGAAAAACCCAUUCAAGAAUGCUGUGCUUGUGGAACAGCCAAGUAUCGAGUCACUUUCUAUGGAAACUGGUCUGAGAAGGUGCAUCCCAAAGACUACCCAAGACGUGCUAAUCAUUGGUCGGCUCUCAUUGGUGCUUCUCACUCAAGAAACUACGUGUUGUGGGAGUACGGAGGUUUCGCCAGUGAAGGAGUCAAGCAGGUGGCUGAAUAUGGAUCACCCGUCAAAAUGGAGGAGGAGAUUCGACAAAAGGGUGAUGAUGUUAUGACAGUUAUCAAAACCAAAGCCCAGUGGCCCGCCUGGCAGCCUCUUAACGUGCGUUCCGCCCCCUCGGCUGAGUUCUCUGUGGAUCGAGCCCGUCAUCUCAUGUCAUUCCUGACCAUGUUGGGCCCCAGCCCUGACUGGAACGUGGGAUUGCCUGGGGAGGACCUCUGCACCAGGGAUUGUGGCUGGGUCCAGAAAGUGGUGAAGGAUCUGGUGCCGUGGGACGCCGGUACUGACAGUGGGGUCACUUAUGAGUCUCCCAAUAAACCCAGCAAUCCCCAGGAGCGGAUUCGACCCCUCACCAGUUUGGAUCACCCACAGAGUCCCUUUUAUGACCCUUCCGGUGGCCCCCUGGCACCCCUCGCCCAAGUGGUAGUGGAGAGAAUCGCAAGAAAGGGAGAGCAGUGCAAUACCGUACCCGACACCAUAGACGAUAUCGUCGCUGAUAUUGCUCAGGAGGAGAAGGAGGAAGGAGACAACACUCCAGAGACGUGCAUCUACUCUAACUGGUCUCCGUGGUCGGCCUGUAGCUCCUCCACGUGCGAUAAGGGUCGGAGGAUGAGGCAGAGGAUGCUAAAAGCACAGUUGGACCCCUUCAUGCCCUGCCUGCACACCCAAGAUUUUGAACCCUGCAUGGGGCCGGGCUGCAGCGAGGAGGAGGCGUCCACAUGUAUGAUGUCAGAGUGGAUCAGCUGGUCCCCUUGCACUGCCUCGUGUGGCAUGGGCAUGAGGUCCAGAGAGAGAUAUGUCAAGCAGUUCCCAGAGGACGGCUCCAGCUGUACACUGCCAACCGAGGAGACCGAGAAGUGCACAGUCAACGAGGACUGUUCACCCAGCAGCUGUGUGGUGACCGAGUGGGGCGAGUGGGAGCCCUGCAGCGUGAGCUGUGGAGUGGGGAUGAGGAGGAGAGAGCGCAUGAUGAAGAUGGAAGCCUCAGAUGGCUCUCCGUGUCGAGCGCAGCUGGCGGAGGCAGAGAAGUGCAUGAUGCCUGAGUGCAACACAGUGGUGUGUAUGGUGUCUCCGUGGUCAGACUGGGGAGAAUGUAGUGUGUCCUGCGGUGUGGGCAUGCGUUCCCGUCAGCGAAUGCUGAAGACGCCCGUAGAGCCCAGCCUGUGCCCAGAUGAGCUCGAGCAGGUUGAGAAGUGCAUGUUUCCUGAAUGCCCCACGGACUGCAUGCUGUCGGAGUGGUCAGCUUGGUCUGAGUGCAAUAAGUCUUGCGGGAAGGGUCACAUGAUCCGCUCACGAAUGGUCAAGCUAGAGCCUCAGUUCGGGGGCCUGCCGUGCCCCGAGACGGUCCAGAGGAAGAAAUGCAAGAUCCGCAAGUGCACGAGAGGCUCCCGUGCCAGCGACAAGAGAAAGAGACAGGAAGCUCCAGACAGGAGGAGAGGAAAACAGAGCAGGGAGUCUGUGGCAGAGGAGAGCUCAGCCUGUCCGAUACGCCCGUGGUCCAGCUGGACGGAGUGUACCAAGCCGUGUGGCGGGGGGAUGCAAGAACGCGUGAUGAACGUAAAGAAGAAGGGCAAAUCCUCACAGCCCAACCACUGCAAAAACAAGAGGGAGAUUCGCGCAUGCAAUGUACACCCAUGCUAAGAGUGACACUCUAUCACUGUAACACACACACACACACACACACACACACACACACACACCCCAACACACACAGACUCAGCCCUUAAAGAGGCUGAAUAGGGCAGAAACAGCGUAGUUUUAACCCAGGGUUUCCAGAAGCGGGACCGGCGAGGGAUGUGUGUUCCAGUUACUGCUUGUAGGAUUUUAGAGUAACACACACGUGGACCAGGCCUGUUAUCCGUGAUUAGUUUUAGAUGCCUUCUUAGCGGGCAUAUAUACUGUAUCAAUGUAUAACCAACACUUUUCAGUACCAACUUCACUAAAAACAUCAGUGUGCACUUCUUUUUUAAACAAUAAUCACAUUUUCCUUCCAUUCGUUAUGCACAACCACCUUCUUUUGGGGUAAAGGUCAGAGGUCAAAACAGAUAUGUAGCAUCCGAAAUCGCAUCUGAAAUCGCGUUCCUUGUAGUAGAAAAUGUUUGUCACACUUUGGAAAAACUGGUCACUGAAAAUGGUUCUUCUGUGACAUUGUUGUAAAAACCUAAUUUUUUAAGAGUGUACUUGUUCAAAAUAAGUAGCUACUCAAGGGAGAAUGCGAUUUCAGACACAGCUAUGGUUUACUGCAUCCAAUAAAGCAUUUUGGAUGCAAUCUCAUAAUGGUUUAUAAAGAAAAAACAGGGAGUUUACCGCAUGCAUUUCAGUUUCCCAGGCCGCCUCUAUUGAGUGAUGUCAAGGUGGGUCACCCAUAAUCGAUGCCCAAUUGAUUCGGACGGCAAGUGUUUGGUGAGGACGGAGGAUUUUGGUAAAUGCAGGCUUAGGGAGAUGCACUGGCCGGCCUAUGGAUCGUUUAACGUUAUAUUACUGAACUAAAAAGCACAGGUAAAAUAACCAUUCGACUUUUUUUAGUUUUGUUUUAUAAAUCGUGAUAUAUUAACUUGGAGAUGAAAAUAGAUUGUGUCUUUUCAUUGCAUUAGAUGUAUAAGAGGCAAAUGUGAAAUAUUAACUCAACUGUAGGGACAGAGAGCAUUUAAAUUAGACAUUUUCUUACUUUUAUUGUGGAAUUUUUGGUAUAUUUAGCUUCAAAAAGUCUCACCAAAGUCAAGUGUGGAUUUUCUUGAUUUCUCUCUCGCUCACUCUCUCCUCUAUUUUUUCAUUUCACUCAUCCCUUCUUCUGCAAUAUUCUGCUAUUUUGGAAUAAAUCUUUACAAUAAAAGUUUAUGUGACUA